AACCUUUGCUAUUAUCUAUUCAUCAUCGUCAUUAUCAUUCUUCAUUCAUCUUUCUUUUUUCCCCUUUUCAUGAAUAUAUUUUCUUCUACUAGAUCAGAUCAUUUCAUUUUCUUUUUCUUUCACCCAAGAUUAAAUCUUUAAAAAGAUUAAAUCUUUAAUAAAAUAAAUUAAAACCCACAUAGAUCCUGUUAAUUCUUUCAACAAACUAGAAUCUUUUUAUUCUUUUAGAGGAAAUUAAUGAGGUGGGGUGUUGUUAAAUGGGAAAUGUAACCUCAAAUAUAGCUGCAAAAUUUGCAUUUUUUCCACCUGAACCAGCAUCAUAUGAUGUAUGUAUAGAUGAAGCAAAUGGGGAAAAAAGAUAUUGUUUUACCGGAAUAACAGCUGAUAAAAACGUUGAUGUUCAUGUUCUUGAUACCAAAGUUGGAAACAAGAUUGUUGCUACUUUUUGGAAACACCCUUUUGGUAAAUUCACCCUUUUGUACUCUCAUGGUAACGCUGCUGAUUUGGGUCAGAUGCAAGAGCUUUUUAUUGAGCUUAGAGCUCAUCUUAGACUCAAUAUCAUGAGUUAUGACUAUUCAGGAUAUGGAGCUUCCACGGGCAAGCCAUCUGAAGUUAACACAUACUAUGACAUAGAGGCUGUGUACAAUUGUUUGAGAGACAAAUAUGGAAUUAAACAAGAAGAUAUAAUCUUGUACGGCCAAUCUGUUGGCAGUGGGCCCACGUUACACUUGGCCGCCCGAUUACAGAGGUUGAGAGGCGUUGUUCUACAUAGUGCUAUUCUUUCAGGAAUUCGCGUUUUGUAUAAUGUAAAGAUGACACUUUGGUUUGAUAUAUUUAAGAAUAUUGACAAAAUACAGAAAGUCAGCUGUCCGGUUCUAGUUAUACAUGGCACAAAUGAUGAUAUAGUUGACUUUUCACACGGUAAGCGGUUAUGGGAAUUGGCUAAAGAAAAAUAUGAUCCAUUGUGGGUACAAGGUGGGGGGCAUUGCAAUCUUGAAACAUACCCGGAGUACAUAAGACAUCUACGAAAGUUUGUAAGUGCAAUGGAGAAGAUAUCAAUCCAGAAGCCAAACAAGCAACAAUCUUCGUCAGGAUCGUGCAUGAACGGUGUCAAACACAACAAGUGCUUGAGAUUUGGUUAUUAAUAGAUGGUUCAAGAAAUCUUGCACAAACCGGCUGUUUGAUCUGUUUGAGUUAUAUUUCGGUGAGUUUUGUUGUUUUAUUUGAUUGUGACUCACGUGUACAUUGCUUGAUUUUUAAGUAGAUGUUAGUAAUCGUUGUUGAUUGGAAACCAAAGUCCAUAAACUGUUUUCUUGUGCUUUCUGUUUUUGUAUUACUAGUAACUAGAUGCACAAUUUUAUGGUGGUUGGCUUGAUGA